AUGUCUCCCAAGCAAAGACAGGCGGACGAUCCGUCAAAUCCAUCGCACGUAAAGUAUUAUACAGAGGCCUACCAGCGUAUCUUUCCAGGCAGUGCCCAACUCGUUAUUUCCAUCGACCCGAUGUGGUACACGAAGACGGCCCAGGCAAGGCAAGAUUCUGCACGCCUUCCGGCACAACGUAUCCGCGAUGCUUUGGCGCGCAGCGAUCAAUCCCCUCCCCGAGUUCUCGUGCAUGUCUUUUCUAUUGGUGGGGCAUGGACACUGGCUGAAGUCUCCAUGUCACUGACGCGUAUGCCGCGCUCCUACCCCGCGCCUUCCGCAAUCGUCUUUGACUCUUCGCCAGGUGAUAUCACUCUCGCCUCUGCCAAUGGCGGCUAUGCCUCGCCCAUACAGAACUCGUUACAGAGGUCGAUGGCUAUGCUCUUCAUCUCAUCCUUGUAUCUCUACGCAGUCGGAUCCAGGAUGAUCGCCCGCGAGCCGGAUCCAUGGUCAUCAGCUCUCGCUACACUAAACACACCCGACUUCCUUCCGUGGACGUCGACGACAACCCCACGGUUGUACGUGUACUCUACCAAUGACAAGAUCUCUAGUGCGGCCUGUAUCGAUGCGCAUGCUGAGGGAGCCCGAGCGGAAGGGAUCAGAGUGCAUAUGAUCCAGUUCGAGGAGAGUGGGCAUGUCGCUCAUGCUAGAACAGACCCCGAACGUUAUUGGGAAGCCGUCGAGGACUUGUGGGAGGAAGCGGUGGACAUAGCUUCGAGCCCUAGGACUCUAGCUAAGCUGUGA